GGUAACUUUGGACUGGUGUGAACCCCAAGCCUAGAGAUAAUCUUCAAUAUGCUGUCAGAGCGUCCACUUGCUGCACUGUGCUUCGGAAUGUUACUGUGCUGCCUGCUCAGUCGGCAGAGCGAAGGCUUCCCCCCGAAGGUUGACAAUAGAAUUCCGAUGCCCAAGCCCCAGAUGCAGACAGAUGAUGGGCAGUUGCAGAAUACGGAUGUGGAUUGGAAUCCCGUACUGCAGAGUAUUUUCACUGUGCCAGAAAUUUGUCCGGAGGGCUUUAAGCUAACCAGUGAUCGGCAGCGAUGCCGAAAAAUUGCCUAGAAAAAGGUACUCAGACAAUUGCGAGUCUAGAAAAAGGUACUCAGACAAUUGCGAGUACCUUUUGCUGUUAUCUGACUGCCGGAAAUGUGCUUUGUGAAUCAAGAACGAAUACUAAAAUAAUAAAAAUACUGUGAAAUUGCAAA